AUGGGUGAAAAAUGUCGAUUGUGUCUGAAAAAAAUUAUAAGAAAACGCACCACAAUUUUGCAAGACAAAUUUCGUAAGAUGAUGGAUGCAGUUUUCUCCUUCUCGUUCGUCAAGCUAGAAGAACUAUCCGUGAAUGUGUGCUCUCGCUGUUCUUCCACUGUUCGUAACUUUUUCAGCUACAGCCAAAAGGUUGAAAAGAACCAACGGCUGCUGGAACAGAAAUAUCUCAAAUCGGACUGUACAUCCGAUAUUGCGCAAUCGAGAGUCUUUGUCAACGGUUCCUUACAUUACGACUUGUAUUACAAUGAAGAUGGCACAGACGAUUCCAUCAGCAUGGAUGCAGAAAAAUUUCUCCUCCAGAGAGAUCCCCUGUCGGAAGUAUCUUCGAUCGAUUAUUCCACCAAAGAGACGGAAUUGGAAAGCAAAACUUUGAAUCAUUCGCACAAAGCUUCCAGUCCAGAUGACGCACAAAGUUCCAACCUUUCGUACAGUUGCGAUGAGUGUGAACUGAAGUUUGCCACUAAAAUUCAACAGUACAAACACCGGCGCAUGCAUCAGAAGAAAGAGUGUCUCGUAUGCAAUAAGCGCUUUAGGACGGAUAAAAUUAAAGAUCACGUUGCGAGAAAACAUCCAAAAAUCUUUGAAAAACUGGUACAGGAGUGUAAGGAGCUCCGCUGUGAAAAUUGUCAGGAAUUGUUUAAUACUGAAGCAGAGCUUAACGAUCACCUAGAUGUCGAUGAGACGAAGAUCCUUUGCAGCGGAGGUACAAACAAUGCACGACUCUAUUACUGCACGAAACGCUACAAAUGCUGUAACUGUGAGGAGAAAUUCUUUGAUAAGCUGGAACUAACCAAACAUCAACGGCGCCAUCGGACGGUAGAGUGUCCGACGUGUAGCAAAACGGUACGAAGCGAUAAGAUCAAGAAGCACAUAGCAUCCCAGCAUCCGACCCGCGACAGCACUGAGCUGUUCAAGUGUGUGGAAUGCAGGAAAUUGUUUAACAAUGAAGCAGAACUAACGGCCCAUCGCAAGGCCACCCACAAUAAGCAAGUGUGCCCAGUUUGCAAGAAAACGGCUAAUUAUGCCCACAUUCGACGACACUUGAAGUGGUUUAAUAGUGUCUAUUCUCCUGAUGACUCUGACGAGUUUUCCGACAAUAUGGUGAAUAUGAGUAAAAAAAUAAAAACGGAAAACUUUCAAUGCGAAGAAUGUGGACAAACCUUCCCGCACGAUAAUCUACUGCAUAAACAUCAACGUGUCCAUGGGAGAAAGAAAUGUUCGGCAACUGUAGCAGUCCGGCGAGGAGAGACCCUGGAUAAAGAUGAAUAG